AUGGUGUUUCAAGAUUUUGAUUUUGUACAAGAACGCCGGAGACAGGAGAGACAACGGGCACUCAAAAAGAAGAUAAUCAUUGCCGUAGCUAUCUUGGUCAUUGGUGGUAUUGCGGCGGCGGCAGCCGUUGCUUUUGUUUCUAUGAAAAAUAGCACCAACAAUAGUAACAAAAAGGAAAACAAAGGCGAUAAUAAUAAAGCAAAAGAACAACAUCCUCCAUCGACCCCAUCAACUCCACAAACCCUGCCGGCAAAUUCACAACCGUCUCCAAAACCAUCAACUCCACAAACCCCACCGGCAAACUCACAACCGUCUCCAAAACCAUCUCGCAAAGGUCGAUCUCAAAAACCAUCACAUGCCCCGGCUCCAUCUCCAUCUUCAAAACCAUUAUCUGUACCACUUGCAGCUCUGGCUCAUGCUCCAUUAGCCGCACCCCAGGGAUUAGUAACAUCUUUUUGCGAGGUUUCUACGUACAAGAGCUUAUGUGCCGAAACCCUUACGAAGACAUUAGCACAGAAUCCAAAAUCGGCGACUGAGCCCAAAGAACUUGUGAAAUCUUUCAUCACAUCAACGACGGAAGAACUUAACAAGGCCUUUGCCAAAGCCAGCACGAUCAAAUUGAAUACCGAGGCGGAUAGAAAAGCGUUCGAUGUUUGUAGAGAAGUGAUGGACAAUGCCAAGGAAGAAUUGCAGAGUUCUGUUGAUAAUGUAGGAACUAUUGUUCCAGGGAAGCCAGAAACCGAUGGUGACGUGAACAGUUGGCUAAGCGCUGUAAUGGCGUACCAGGAAACGUGCGUUGAUGGCUUCCCUGAGGGACCAUUGAAGAACGAGUUCAGGACUACCCUCAACUCUAGCGAGGUUUCGACUAGCAUUUCCCUUGCCAUGAUUGGACAUUUUGCUGGGUUGACGAAUGUCACGAAUCCACCUCAAAAGAAGCCAGCCCCAAAACGCAGCCUCUUACAAACCAGAUUUUCGUUAUUGGCCGAGGAUGGGCUUCCCAGCUGGAUGAACCAUGAAGAACGCAGGCUGUUGAAGGACGAGGAAGAUAACACGCCACCACCACCACCACCACCAAAUGUAAUUGUGGCUCAAGACGGUACCGGAAAGUUCAAAACAAUUAAUGAAGCACUUGCUGCCGUGCCACCGAAAUACGUGGGAAGGUAUGUGAUAUUCGUCAAGAAAGGAACAUACGCCGAGACUGUAAUCGUUGCAAAACGCAUGGUGAACCUUACCAUUUAUGGUGAAGGAUCACAAAAGACCAUUAUCACAGGGGCAAAAAAUUUUGUUGAUGGAAUCCCCACUUACCAUACAGCAACUUUUGUGGCUUCUGCUCCAGGAUUUAUUGCACGAAGCAUAGGAUUCAGAAACACCGCAGGACCCGACAAACAUCAGGCAGUGGCAGCGAGAGUCUCCGCCGAUAAGGCGAUUUUCCUCAACUGUCGCUUCGAGGGGUACCAAGACACCUUAUACGCACACACUCACCGUCAAUUCUAUCGAAGUUGUGUAAUCACCGGCACCAUAGAUUUCAUCUUCGGCGACGCGGCUGCCGUGUUCCAGAACUGCAUGAUUUACGUAAGGAAACCCAAUGUGAACCAGAAGAACAUCAUCACCGCCCAAGGGAGGAAAGACAAGUUGGAAACCACAGGCAUUGUGCUCCAAAACUGCAAGAUAUUACCAGACGAAUCAUUUAAACCCUUCGCAAAACAGUUCAAUAGCUACCUAGGCAGGCCCUGGAAGCAAUACUCGAGGACCGUCAUAAUGGAAUCACAGAUCGAAGAUUUCAUCGAACCCGCUGGAUGGCUCGAAUGGGAAGGUGACUUUGCGCUCAAUACCCUUUUCUAUGGAGAGUUCAAAAACACAGGGCCUGGCGCAAUAACAAAGGGUAGAGUGAAGUGGGCAGGAAGAAGGGACAUUAACAAGGAAGAAGCCAUGAAAUAUACAGUAGAAGCAUUCUUAAAAGGGGCAUGGGUAAAAGAAGCAGGCGCCAAUGUUCGUAUGGGUCUGGGGACUUAA